UUUUCGUUUGGAAAACAUGGUGUGAAGAAAGUUUAAACUGAAGAAUACCUAAGGUGGACUCAUGCUGUGUUUUCUUCACGUUGAGGGCACCACCGCCACCACCCCACUGCCUCAGCAAACGGAAGAAACACAAACAACUCUUGCCGCUCAUUCUACCAUACUCAAGUUCACGUCUUUGCCUCUCCAUUAGUGCAGAAAGUAAAGAGUUUAUGGAUAAUGGAGCUGUUUUCAUUCUUCCAUGUAGUUCUACUGUUUCGUUGUUAAACCUCGUGGAAGGACAUGGGGAAGGACUGAGAAAUUUAGUGAGCAUAUUGUGUUGUGUUUGGAGUAGAGCACAUGUGGUAUACGGCAAGGUAUGCAAUUCCUGAAACUUCCUCGCCUUCUUAUGCCACAUAUGAGGAGGAUACAUCUACAUUCGCAGCCAUUGCCAUCGGAAAGCACUUACAGAUUUUGUGGCAUUGAUGAUGCUGUGGCUUUGUUUCAUCGCAUGGUUGAUAUGCAUCCCCUGCCAUCGAUUGUGGAAUUCACCAAAAUCUUAGGAAUGAUUGUGAAGAUGAAAUACUAUGCGACAGCUAUCAAUCUAUAUAACCUAAUGGAAUAUAAGGGUGUUGUGCCGUUUACUGUCACUUUUAACAUUUUGAUCAACUCUUUCUGCCACAUGGGUCGGAUGAAUUUUGCAUUCUCUGUAAUGGGUAAGAUUCUUAAGUGGGGUUGUCAACCAAAUGUUGUGACUUUUACUACGCUGAUGAAGGGGUUUUGUAUUAAUGAUAAGAUGCUGGAUGCACUACACAUUUACAAUGAAAUGGUUGCUCGAAGGAUUUCGCUUGAUGAUGUUCUCUAUGGAACCUUAAUCAAUGGGCUGUGUAAGAGUAAGAUGGGAAACACAAGAGCUGCCAUUCAACUGCUUCAGAAGAUGGGGAGAGAGGAGGUUAAGCCCAAUAUUGUAAUAUACAAUACAGUUAUCCAUGGUUUGUGCAAAGAUGGACAUAUAAAUGAGGCACGUGUUUUGUGUUCCAAAAUGAUUGUUCAGGGAAUUUUCCCAGAUAUUUUCACUUUUAGUUCAUUAAUUUAUGGUUUGUGUCGUGCGGGCCAACGGAAAGAAGUUAGAUCUUUGCUGAAUGGGAAUUGUUUAAACAAAAAAGUGGAUGAGGCAAGAGAGUUAUUUAAUUUGAUGAUUGAAAGAGGUGAACAACCUGACAUUACUACUUAUACUAUUUUGAUGCAUGGGUAUUGUUUGAUUGAUAGAGUGGAAGAGGCAAUAAAAUUAUUUCAUGGGAUGAUUGAAAGGGGUUUGGUGCCUGAUGUUUGGAGCUAUAACAUCUUGAUUAAAGGUUAUUGCAAGAUUGAAAGAGUGGAUGAAGCUUUCAGUGUGUUUAAACAUAUGCGUCUUACGAAUUUAGUUCCAAAUAUUAUAACUUACAAUAUCUUGUUAGAAUCUUUAUGUAGUAGUGAGCAUGUUGGCAAGGCAAUUGCAUUUUUUAAACAUCUCAUCUUUGAAAGAAGUUUUGCCCCUAAUGUUUGGAGUUACAACAUCUUGAUUAGUGGCUGUUGCAAGAAUAGAAGAUUGGUGGAAGCCGUGAAUCUUUUUAAUCAAAUGUGUUUCAAGAAUUUGGUUCCAGAUAUUGUAACCUACAAUAUCUUGUUAGAUGCUUUUUGCAACAGGCAGCAACUUGACAAGGCAAUUGCACUAUUAAAAUAUGGAAUUGUUGAUCAAGGUAUUAGUCCAAAUUUGCGCACAUACAAUAUACUUAUAAAUGGGUUGCACAAAAGUGGGAGGCCAAAGACUGCACGGAAGAUUUCCCAGUAUCUUUUCAUUAGAGGCUAUCAUCCAGAUGUCCAAACCUAUAUAAUAAAUGAGCUUUGUAAAGGUGGAUUUUUAGAAUAAAGAUUUGCCUCACUUUUACAAUAAAAGGAAGGCAAUCGGCUCCCUUCGGAUAUCGGAGUCAGUUAUUCAUCUGCUUUGGAGAAAAAUGUGGGAAUGAUGAAGCUGAGGAAGCUUUUUUGACAAAUGAUCACUACAUGUGUGGAAAACAAGGACAUCUUUUGGGAAACAUGGCAAAGGAAAAAGGUUGUUUGAUGUAUAUUUCUUUGACAUUUUCUAGGCCUUCCCCGAUUGCAAUAUACAUCGUUGCGUUCACUGGUUGUGAUUUAUGAAAGUUUACUGAGUGGAAUGCUGCUUGUAGUCACUAGGGCAUCCUGUUCCAGGGAACUGCUCCCCCUUUUUUCCGACUACCUUCAAUUUCGACUCCAGGUAAUAUUUAUUGUUGAUUGGAGCUUAAGUGUAUUUGAAUGUUAUUUUAAAUUUCACAUGGUUUCUAAGGCAAAUCUGAAGUGACUGACAUC